AUGAAUAAUUCAACAUCAUCCGAACACCCACUUGAAGAAUGGGCAACGGUGUUAUUAAUAAAUCGAAUUGUUUAUCGUGGUUAUUUUCUAUUCCUUAUUUUGGCCGGUACUUGCGGUAAUCUUUUAACUGCAACUACUCUUUAUCGAUCAAAAUUACGUAAAUAUACAACAUGCAAAUUUAUGGCUGUAUGUGCUCUAUUGAAUAUCGGUGUCCUAUUAACAAAUACGCUUAAUAUGAUGUUAACACAAGGCUAUGAUAUUCAUUUACGUAGUCAAUUUAAUUUUGCUUGGUGUCGGUUAAAUGCAUUUGUUGCCCAGUGGAUACGCGGCAUGGCAUCAUGGGCACUUGUCAUCGUCGCAUUUGAACGUUUCCAGCAGUCGAAAACAAUUCGACGUACACCAGUAAAAAAAAAAAACAUUGUUUUAUUGACAAUGGUUGUAACUGGUUUUAUUCUUUUAAUAUUCAAUUUACCUUAUCUUCUAUUUACUGGAAGUAAAGUUGUUUUGGCUGAGAAUACAACAUUCUUAGCAUGCAUGUUUGAUAAGCACAGUCAAAAUAAAUUCCAAAGGUUAUUUGCCUCAACAAGCAAUUGGCAAGAACUUGUCACAUAUAUUAUUGUGCCAUGCAUAUUAGCGUUAAUUUUGAAUAUAUUCAUCAUAAAGAAUUCAUUUCUAAGUUCAACUAACAAUGAACAUUUAAAAUCACGUUCAAGAAGCCGUACAAGACGCGUAACGACAAUGUUACUUGCGUCAAAUAUUGGCUUUCUAGCGCUUGUUGCACCUGCUCAAAUUUUCUAUGCUAUAUCAUCUGAUCCUCAGCGUGAGAUUGACUCCCAUGAUGAAUAUAAAUCAUUUAUUGUGCAAGGAAAUAUUUAUCAAUGUUUAAUUAAUACAUAUUAUGCGGCUUCGUUUGUGUUUUGUUUUGUAUCGUCAUCCAUAUUUCGACAUGAAAUAAGUAAACUUUUCUAUAGAAAGUAUAAAACAAAGCGUUCAAUUCCAAAUGAAACAAAAGAAGGUUAUUCGUCGUAUGAAAAUCGACCGUUUUUACAACACCCUCGACUUAGUAGUUUUGCUUAUUCGAAUUGUAGUCCAAAUAAUGAACACAUGAUUGAAAGAAGAAGUACAAAUCGAGCGACGGAUUCAGCAAUUGAAACAGCUGGAUUAAUGCAACAGUAA